ACCAUACGUCUCCACCUCUUGAGCGAACACUAUUCACGAUGACUCUAAUCAGCGAUGCUAUUAAAAGUGACCACCGCGACAUCGAAGAGGCCUACAACAACAUCCUGACCGCCGCAAGCGAUGACGAGAAGCGCCGGUGGCAGAACCAGUUCACCUGGGAGCUGGCUCGCCACUCCAUCGGCGAGGAACUCGUCGUAUACCCAGCAAUGGAGGAGCACCUCUCCGAUGGGAAGGCGAUGGCUGACAAGGACCGGGCGGAACACAAGACGGUGAAAGACUAUCUGGAGAAGUUCCAGAACCUGAAGCCCGACAAUGCGGAGUUUAUUCCGACCCUCCAAGGGCUCUGGGGCACCCUUUCGCAGCACAUCAAGGAGGAAGAGGAGCAGGACCUGGUCAAGCUUGAAGCGAAUUUGGAUCACGAGGUCUCCAAGGCCAUGGUCUCCUCGUUCAAGCGCACCAAGAUGUUCGUCCCGACUCGCAGUCAUCCAUCGGCGCCCGACAAACCGCCCUUCGAAACGGUGGCAGGAUUACUGGCUGCGCCCAUCGAUCAUAUCAAAGACCUGUUCAGAAAGUUCCCGGACCAGGCUGCUAGUGACAUUCCGCCAUGAAUGUUGUCGGAAAAUAUGUUGUGGUGAACCUGUGUUGAUAUAUGUUGUUCCGGCUUGAUGGUUGAUAGGCCUGGGGAGAUUGUCAUGAGUGUACCGAGUACUGUGGAAAUGUGAAUCAUAAGCUCGAUGUCUUUGAUAAGGACUGAGGAACGAGAGUAGCAAAAUCUGAUUAGCAAUCGAGUAAGCAUGAG